AUGAAAUUUCUUGGUUGCUGCCAUUUUCUCCUUCUUUUUAUUCCGUUCGCUUCCUUAGAGACCUUCUCAAGUAGCUCCUCCUCCGAGCCUUCGUCCGGCUUUCAGGAAACCUUCGAGAAACGUUGUCCACCUGGCCUUUGGUGUGGUAAAAAGCGACAAGUAACCGAGGAAGAAACAAAGGCGUCCCAAUAUGAUGAAAACCAGCACCCCGACGGAAAAAUCCUUGAUAGCAACUUAGCUGCAAAGACGAAAACACAGUUCAAGAACCCAAACGAACAAAGAAAACAGCAGGUGAAUGUUUUCGAGAAGCGCUGUCCUCCAGGUCUUUGGUGCGGAAGGAAAAGAGAGGCUAAAGAUCUUAGUAGCAGUAAAUCAACUGAGAGAGUAAAAGUGGACAACAUGGCGUACCAGUUUGAGAAGCGUUGCCCCCCUGGGUUGUGGUGUGGCAAAAAGCGCGAGGUAUCUGAUCAAAAUCUAAACAACGCUCCAACAACUGAAGACAUAAACAGGCAAACGCGAAUCAAGACCUUCGAAAAGCGCUGCCCACCUGGUCUGUGGUGUGGAAAGAAGAGAGAGGUGGCAGAUGUUGUCAGUAAUAGAAAAUCAACUGAGACUGGAGACGUAAACAACAUGGCAGGCCGUUUUGAAAAGCGCUGUCCUCCUGGGCUGUGGUGCGGUAAGAAGCGCGAGGUAUCCGAUCAAAUUUUAAAAAACGCCGAACACACGGAAGACAUGAACGAGCAAACGCCAAUCAAAAGUUUUGAAAAGCGCUGUCCACCCGGUCUAUGGUGCGGAAAGUAAUGACGUUGAUAAUCUAGCAGCUAUGAUAGCUAAUAGAUCUGUAAUUAAUUUAGUUACGGGUAAAUGAUAAUCAGUAAUAUUGGAAGAUAUUGUUCAAUUAAAAUAAAAGUAGUUACAUUUUUCAAUGUGAUUUUUCAAGCUAUCUUACGCUUACAAGAAAAGGCUGUGGAUUUAAAGGGGAGGGGUGGUAUACAGUGUAGUUUACAUCAGUGACGCGACUUGACCGCGGGAGGCCUGUGGUUUAGCUGGUAGAGCGCUGUAAGCCAAGUCAUCAGAAUGCAUGGCGAAAAGGAUCAUUCACUUUCUACUUUCAGUAGCUAAACUUCCUCUGCAGGAUAACAGAGCUUAGUACUCCCAACAAACCAGUGAUUUUCGUUCUCGAUUUUAAAGGUAUCUGGAGGGAAAAUAACGUCGUAAGAUAAACAAAAGUUUGACCCUAAACUGAUGACUUUCAAAACAAAGGAAUGAUUUUGAGGAGAUGAAUGAAUUGUGAAAAAUUAUUUGAAAAGGCAAUUGUGGGCUGAUGUUCGAAUUUUCAGCCAUUUCUAGAAAACUAACCGAGUAUUAAAGUGUCAAUGCUAUAUCUUACAAAUUAACUGACCUUUACAUUUGAUUUUUAGUCUCGCUUGCGUAAACAGCGAGACUAUAUACGAAGAAAAACGGCUUGCAGAUUAUGAGGACACAAAAGGGAAAUCAUGGUCCCAGGCGUUCUUAGCGGGACGGUGGAAACUGGGAAUAAGAAUCGUUGGGCGACCGAAGCCACACAUGUUUUGCGAAGAAGGCUUAGGAAAGAUUAAAUUUAGAGCUUUUCCAGAACAGGUCGGUCCACGAAUUCUAUCGCUUGAAAGUGUUGAUUAAAUUAGAACAAGUGAGCACUACUCACUGGUGGAAAAAGAAAAAUAAGAAUCUUAAUUAGAAAAACUGCGAUGGUCGGGUGUUGUAAACUUUCAUUGUAUGCAAAUGGUCCUGUAAUGAGCAUGCACUUUAUUUUCGGCAAUGAUUGAAAUGACGUGCCAUGUAAAUCACUUUUUUGAUAUCUGGCAAUGAUGAGAUUUCUCUGGAAUCGAUUCCCUUGAAUUUUCGUGUAUUUGUACAAGCGUAUAGCCUGCGACCACAGACGUGUUUCUGGUCGUCGCUAACAUGCGUACUAAAUCAAUUCAAAAACAAAUAAAACGUAAAUAUCCUGAAGUAUACUCGAACGUCGAUAAAGUAGGAAGUGAAGCGAUUAAAUCCUGUUUCGUGUAGAAUUAAUCACCUCCUCAUUAAUAUCUCGAUCUAAUCUCAAAGCAAGCGAGACUUACCGCUGCGUUCUUGUAUACUUAAAUCCACCGGAGGUCGAUUGCAACAUUAUCCACUCAACAAAGAAACUUGAUACCAAGCAACUUUGAUUGCUAUGCUUCACAUACUUUUUCACAGAGAUGAGGUAGUAAAAAAAUGCAAAAACACUUAAUACCUUAUCUGAGGAUUGACGAAAUGCGAAAAAAUAGUGAUGAGAGAAGAGGGAUACUCUAGUCUUCAGAUGGACUGAAACUAAUUUACGCUACUACAGAAAUAGAUUCCGAGGCGAUUUUCUACCACUUUUAUAGGUGGUUCGGAUGAAAAUCGCCCAUCCCAUAAUAUUCUUAACAGUGCGACAAAUAAGCGUGCCUCAGUUGACAUGCAAAUAAACGAUGGAACAAAGAAUUGACCCUGGGGGACACCCUGGGGUGAAAAUUUCAGGGCUACAAAUAACUCAUUAUAAAAUCCCACUAAACGUUAGCGUUAGGGAAUAAGUUUAAAAAAGGAGCCUUAGUAAUGAGAACCAGGUAGAAAAAAGAAUCGUUUUACUUCAGUGGGAUUCGAUAUCACCCGGCUACCUUCGGGUUGUUUAGAUCUAUCGUCCGAAAGUGGGUUUUUUGGUUAUUUUCAAAACUAAUUUUCACGUCAGAUUUAACUCUCUGCUCUACCAUUUGUUUCACAUUGCUACUUAGCACGACAACGUUGUAUAUGAUCCUUUCAUAGCUGGCGUCUUCCCUUACUAUGUUCAUUUACACAUAACUUCCAUCACAUCACCCUGUAAUUUCAUUUAAUGGCCAAGAUUUCAUUUACUUUUCACUCUUACCAGAAGGAAAACAAAAUUAUUAGAUAAUUCAAAAAAUAACUGUGUACAAUGGGUAAACCUUGGAAGAUGGUCACAAACUUUAUUCAUCAGUCAAAUUUGUUUUGUGUGGGCAUGUCAUUUUCGGAGACAUCUGCAAGAUCGAGUCGGGGACAAUAUGAAAUGGAAUUCACUCAGAGCGCGCGGUGAAUUAAGAAAACAAGAGCCUUAUAAUCUUUAAUCUGUUAAAAUUAUGUGUAGGCUUUUACCAUUUUCAAAAGUGUCAGCAUAAAUCCUAUUCAGGUAACGGGGAUCUCGUAGUAAGAUUAAUGCCAAGUGAAUUGAAGGUCCUGGUUAACAUUUCAAGCGCCGAUCGAGUAUUCUUAAUUAAUACAAAAGAAAUAUUUACAUCUCCUUCACAUUUGAUCUGUUGGCAUGUUGAAAACUGAGUUUUGAGGGAAUCAGUUGUUGGAUACAGCAAUUACCUGGACCUGAUAACAUUCCUCUUCCCGUAGCUUUAACAUUUUCGGCCGUAGGAGGCAGGGGUGUAAUGCUACUACUGUACAAGAUUGUAAUAUAACUGACUUGUUACUGUCUCUGAAACAACGCUGGUUACGGCAGAGCUUGCAAUAUUCCUAACACUUGCUUCAUUGAAUCAGCCUACUUCACCGAUUUACAAAAUUACCUUAAAAGAGUAAAGAACAUCACGUUUCCCAUUUGUAAUUAUUCGAUCCCAGCCUUUUAUAGCAAUCGGCCUUUCAAAUUUUGCUGUGAAAGGACAAAACAACACAAGUAGCCGUAACAAAGGUUUUACAGGGGUCAAAAACAACGUUUCUUAGAAAAUGUUCAUUUUCGUUUAUUUGGUGUUAUCCAGCCCCACAAAAAUUCGUUUAGAAUUAGAACGGAGAAACCAAAAAAAUAAACCAACGGUUUUGAGAGUAACUUCAUAAUAUGGAUUAUAAACAAAAGAAAGUUCAAAUUAACGCUCUUUGUUUCUCUUAACGAGUCAGAAUGUAAAUAAUUAUGCAUUAGCCUCAAAAACAUAAUUACUACUUGUUUUGCCUUUUCGCUAAAAUUUACAAAGAGAUUAACAACGCGACAAUUUUCUCUUCGUUGAGGACGCGGUGAAAACCCUCACCUUUUAACGUGGGUAAUAAAAAGAUUAUAUUUUCUUUGCCAGAAAUUAUUUUCCAAAAGUCAAUUUUUCACCCUUGAAACCAAAGUAAAUCUAUGUCGCCGAAAAACCUUGACAAACCGUUACUUUUUCUCCCCUGAGUAAUAAAUCAUUUAACUGCUUCCAGCAGAAAGGAGAAAUAUGGUCUUUGUCUCACCAGGGAUAAAUUCACCUGCACCUCAACUUUGCAAAGACAAUUGAUUUAAGUUACAAAAACAAACUGUCCAAAGAGUUCUUCCGAAAGAAUCAGAACGUGUUUUUAUUGUUGGUUUCCUUCCUUCCUUUUCUGUCAGACUCCAUGAAUAUUCUUCACCUGAAGUACUUCAGGUACGUUAACUUCCUUUCAAACCACCUUAAGCAGCAGAUUAUCCUAAUAUCAUCCUACUCACUUUUUCUUCUCUUAUCACACCCCCGGGAUCACACCACUCAGAAGGGCUUGGCGUUAAAAUUUAAUUAAGUGAAGUUCGAAUUAGUGAUUAUUACUUGUUCCAAUUUACGUCAAAAGUGUAAUCGAAUAAUCUAUUAGCUAGCGGGAAAUAAUUGUAGCGAUGUUCUAAAUGGCUUUGACAAGUAAGCAUGCCUGCUCUAAAAAAUAAAGAAAAGAAACUGUUUUGUUCAACAGUGUGAUUUGGCUGUUUUUCAAGAAUGGACAAACGAGUUAAUUGUUCGAUUAUGCCUUUUCAGUGCGAUUUGGCACUUUAAGGUCCUAUCUACGUUUGACCUUUGAGCCAAGGAAAAUAAAUAGUUAAUUAAAAAGCCGAGAAACAGAUUAGUGCAAAAGUUCCGCAAGUCAAUGAAAUUGAAUAUUUCAACAGUUCGACAAAACGUCUUAUUGGUAUUCCUUUUGAAAAACAAUUGCAAUACGCACUUCUGUGAAUCCACAUGGCUUUAACGAGGAGGGCAAGAAAUCUCCUUUGGAGAAAAAUAAACUUGUUAUUGUUUUUGUUAUCGCUGAAUAUUUGGCGCCAAUUCCAUUUCUCCUCUCACUUGCGGUUUCCUAAAUCUUCAAGUUUAGAGGCUGAAUUACGAUUAUCUAAGCCGGUCUGUUUACAUUUGAGAAAAAGCUGAAUCGUUUGGAUUUAAUCCAUCAAAAGUGGGACGAGUCAUGGGCACCACGAACAGUGACACAAUGGUAAGCAGGUGAUAAUCAAGUAAUUAAACAGUUUGGCGUUUUCCGGAAUGCUUUGGGUAUAAAGGAAACCAAUUUACACCACUGGUUGCAACAAACGUCUCUGAACGUUUGUAGAGAAAAGAUCCAAUAUACCUUUUUGAAUCGGAAACCCCGGAUUUUUCGAGAAGCUUGGCUUCGAAUAAGGAAAACAACUGGUUUUGGAGAUGUCGGUAGUCUUAUCUUGCGCAAUGGCUGCGUACAUCACAGGAAUGUCCAUGUUAAUUCUAUCCGUUUUACAAUUUGGCGAGACGAGGAAGGUGGAUAGUGGAGAAUUCAAAAUCCAAAAGGAUUUUGUGCCACCACCGGGUAAUCGGGGUUCAGGCGAAAAUUCUAAUCUCAUCCAACGAAUGGAAAGCGCGGCAUGCCUGAAGGGGAUUCGACCACAUCGAAAGUGUGUUCAAGAAGAAGUAGAGAAGAGCCUAGAUGCAAACAAUCCUCAUGGGUAUUUGGAAAAUGUAAAUAUCAGAAACACGAUCCAAGUAAAGACUUUCAAGCAAGGUCAUUUCCAAGCAGGUGCUCCUUCAAAAAAAAAGUCUCCAGCGAUACAUCCGGGUGGCUCCAAUCAAAUUUGGAGGAAAAAGGUACAAAAAUCUCCAUGCUCCGCUGAAAAUCGCGGCUGUGAGUGGCGUGAAGACUCUCAGGUCACUUACCGCUGUCCCUUUGGCUUGUGGUGUCCUAAGAGUAAAAAUAAUGAGGCAGUUACCAACCAAGAAAAGAUACGAUUGAUAGCUGACACUUCGUCUUUGUCUAGGCGAGAGCAGGCCACAUCUAUAGCCACCAGGAACCAAGCAAUUCAUAACAAUGGUGUUAACAGGGCAAAAGUAAAAAAGGAAACAACAAGCAUUGAUGGCUUCUUAAAAAGAGCCAGGGAAUGUCCUUUUGGUCUGUGGUGUAUGGAAGACGACAAUAACAACGAGAAAGAAAAAGACCAAACAAAAAUGAAAGGGGAUCUAAAGAACGAUCAUGAUCAUAAGAAACCAGUUUGUACACAAGGUGUCGGCUGCAUGAAAAGUAAAGCCAAUGACGCUGAAGCUUCAACAAAGUUGAAUGAAAAUCAAGUUGAAGCAAAGUGUCCUAUUGGGCUAUGGUGUUUGAAUAAACGUGAACUUGGCUACGAAAGUUCGUUGACCUUGGAAAAAUGUCCACCUGGAUUGUGGUGUAAGAGAAAUAACAACAUGAUUACUAGAAGUGAAGAACCAAAGCGAGUUAACCAACAGGCCAGGAAAGAGGCAUGCCCAAGAGGCCUUCACUGUUCGUUUCAAAGAGAAGCUGGUUUUGAAAAAUUGAGCCACUGCCCUCCAGGAUUAUGGUGCAAACGAGAGGAAGUCAAAAGAGAAAAUUCCAAAGAAUCGAGAGUCCACAAAGAAUUUUGUCCAACUGGGUUAAGCUGCUCUUUUAAGAGGAAAGUGGGAUAUGAAAGUUCUGUGACAAUGCUUAACUGCCCACCAGGUCGGUGGUGUAAGAAGGACAUGACUGUCACCAAUGAUGAUACAACUGAAUCGAUUUGUCCAAGUGGAUAUGAGUGUUCUAGUAAGAGACUCGCGCACUACAAGAAUUCUGAUGAAUGUCCUCCUGGGUUAUGGUGCAAACGUAGAACUGCAGUUGGCGCCGACAGAAUUAUCAAUAAGUACUGCUCUACUGGUCCUUGGUGC